CAAAAAUAAUAGAAAAUUCUAAGAAAGAAUAUCUAUCAUGCACCAACAUAAUAUACAUCAUGUCCAUCACUGGAUUCAUGGCAAACUACAUGCUGCGAGUCAACAUAUCCAUAGCCAUAGUCGACAUGGUCGACACAAACCUAACCUUGAACGGAACGCGCUUUAACUGGUCGGUGGUGGAGAAAACCGAUUUGCUGGGUAUUUUUUUCUGGGGACUGUCUCCCGCAGGCAUGAUCGGAGGUAGACUGGCGGAGAAAUAUGGAUCGCGUUUGACGUUGGGCUUGGAGUUGCUUGUAGCGAGUUUGAUUACGAUUUUUUUCCCGAUAUCAUGUAGGAUACACUAUAACUUGGCAAUGGUUUUGAGGGUUUUAUUGGGGGCCAGUUUGGGGGCUGCAAUACCGGGUAUGCUACCGUUAUGUGUGAAUUGGAUUCCCCCUUUGGAUAGCUCCAAGUUUUCCUCCAAUCUGAUGGCGCAGGGGAUUGGGAUCUCCAUUACUUUGGCAUUGGGAGGUUAUUUGAUAACGUAUUGUGGAUGGGAGAGUGUUUUUUAUGUUACUGGUUGUUUGGGGUUGAUUUGGUGCUCGGUGUGGUUUUAUACGAUAUACGACUCUCCAGAUUUACAUCCAAGAGUUUCUGACGAUGAAAAAAAUCGUAUUGGAGAAAGCAUGAAGGAACAACACAUAAAUAAUACAAGGAAACCUUCUUCUAUACCAUGGAAAGGCAUGUUUAAAUCUCCACCAUUCUGGGCUAUAAUUGUAGGUAUACUUGGUAAUACCUUUUAUCAUUUUACUUUUAUCAAUCAACUCCCAACUUAUCUCCAUGACGUUCUUAACUUCAAUAUCUCCGAAAACGGAUGGUUUUCAUGCCUACCCUACAUUGGUAAACAUCCAACAUGUAAAUUACCAAAUAACAUAAACGUAUUUUCAGGUUAUUACAUUUUUGGUUGCUUCGGGAGCCACAUAGCAGAUCACCUACGCAAAUCAAAGAAACUUUCUACCACAAACACAAGAAGACUCUUCACUAUCUUUACAUUCUUCAUACCGUCGAUAUUAAUGCUUACUCUAGCCUUUGUUAAAGUUCACAGCCUCACAGCUAUAGCCCUCCUAACCUUAAUCCACUCUUUCAAAGGCUGCGUAGCUUCAUGCUACAUUGCCAACACGAUGGAUAUAGCGCCCAAUUUCUCAGCAACAAUUUUCGGGUCGGGUUUGAUCCUCGGUUCUCUUGGUGGCUGGUUAGGCAACAAAAUGGUGGGACUUUUGACUCAAGAGGCCAGCGAUUUUGAGUCGUGGAAGAACGUGUUCAUAAUUAUAUCGCUGGUGAACUUUUUUGCAGGAGGAUUUUAUUUCGUGUUUGUUUCUGGGGAUGUGCAAGAUUGGAAUCACAUUAAAGAAGAAGUUGAAGAUGGAGAAGCCAAGGCUUUAAAUAUUUCCGAAGAUAAUAAAAUUUGUUUUUAAUUAUAAAAUCUUAGGUUUAUGUUUGUCAGUGAUAAUUUAAUUGUAUUUGCUCAAGUAUUUAAAUAAAAUUAUUUUUGUAAUAGCCGA